AUGAGUCGUGCUAAGUUUAUUAUUGAUUUAUUGAAUCAAAAUGAAAAAACUGUUGUAGAGGAAUCUAAGCUGCUCGACCAGAGGAAAUUUGAUCUGUUCCAAAACAAUAAUCUAUAUGAAUCUGCUCCACCAUCUGCGUCAAUAGUAAGUCCAAAAAGAGAUCUACCAAGUAUCAAUCCACCAUACUCCGCUCCUUUAUUGGCUAAAACCUACCAUGAUAUUGUUUCCGUUGAGAAUUUGAUCAGAGAAGAAAAUGUAUCAUGUAAAACACACCAAAACUACACCGAAAUUAGAAAGUCUCGUGAAAGUCCACAUUCAGAAAUAAGCGGUAUCGAAGAGUUGAGUUCUUCUCCUGUUCGAGUGUUUUCUGAUUCGAGCGUUUCAUGGUUUCCAGAUAGUGAAGAGGAUAGAUGUUUCAAAAAGAAAAGACGAGUGUAUGUUGCGAAAUCUUCUAGUGAGAGCGAUAGUGAAGAAAGUACAUUUAUUGCGUCGCGCUCGAAGAUAGCAGAUAGUCGGGGGCUUGAAUGUUUUCAGCAUAUAAACAUUAAACAUGACUUUCAAUCAAGAAAUAAACAAUAUUCCGUGCCUCAACAAUCUACUUUACCAUCUUCCAACUCUGAUUCAUCUGAAUGUCCGACAAAAUCUACACUUAUUACUAGAAAGAGGAGGAAACUAGAAGAACAAACGGAUGGACAAGGGACAGAAGAACUGAUGCAAGUAUUGAAAAAUUAUAAAAUGCCACCAGCUUACUCCUCGCCGCUGCCUAUUUCAGAGGCAAAAAAGAAAGACCUCAAUAAUUUAUGUGCAAAGGGGAUAAUCCCACAAGAGCUCCACUUGUGGUAUCAGUCUUUACCAACAAGUAAAGACGUAGUAGAUAGAAUUUUGGAGCCAGACGUCACUGAGGAGGGAGAAGAAGAAGUAGUCGACUGA